UCCAAUUGUAUUCCAUGUAGAAUGGCAUAGAUUUUAUCGUGAUUUUCGAAGAAAACUAAUUUAAGGCAAGAUCAUAGUUCACGUCGUCUCUCUCACUAGCAUCGACCGAUCCAAAAGUUAAAGAGACUUUUGAUUUUUCGAUGUUGCAGAUCAAGUUCAAAGUCUCACCUUUCGUCAGUACCGAUAUAUGGAUCUAUAUAUACCAAAAGAAAGAUGUCAUCUGCAACCAUAGCGGAUUCCCAAAGAUCGAGCUCUAUCCGCUAUAUAGCUACUGGUGCAAGUGGACACCGAUGGCGUUAUCAGCUCCACGACAUGGUCAACCAGCCCAAGUCCUGGCCAUUGGCACAGCGAAUCCGGUGAAUUCUAUCGACCAAAAGGACUUUCCAGACUUUUACUUGCGCGUGACUAAGAGCGAACACAUGACCGAAUUGAAAGAGCAGCUUAAGUUCAUUUGCGAGGAGUCAUCGAUAAGGAAACGUCACCUUCUCCUUACCGAGGAGAUUCUGGCAAAUCCAAACAUUGGGGGCUCUGAGUUCCGAUCUCUCAAUGCACUGCAAGCUAUGGGAGCUCCCGAGGUAAUCAAGCUCGGCAAGGAAGCAGCAACCAAGGCUAUCAAAGAGUGGGGUCAACCCAUCUCAAAGAUCACGCACCUUGUAUUCUGCACAAGGUUCGGUUGGGACGUUCCCAGUCCCGCCUAUCAACUCACCGAGCUCCUUGGCCUUAAUACAUCGGUUGAGACAUACAUGAUCGAUGAACACUGCCAUGCUGGUGGGAUUGGCCUUCGCCUCGCCAUGUAUAUUGCAGAGAGAAAUGCAACUGCACGUAUACUUGUGGUGUACUCCGAGAACACCGCUGUCUUAUUUGAAGGACCCUCUGAUGAUCAAACUGACGUACAGAAACUCAACACAUAUGCACAUUGUGCAGAUGGUGCUGCGGCCGCAAUCAUCGGUGCCUGUCCUGAUACAUGGACUGAGAAUCCACUGUUCGAGCUCGUAGUGGCUUGUAAAUCGGUUCUCCCUGACUCAGAGGGCGCAUUGGCCAGUUUUUUACGUGAAAUGCGCCAAUCAUUCUAUUUAUCUGAAAAUUAUAUGCCCAUCUUGGAUGGUAACAACAUGGAGAAAAGCUUGGUUGAUGCGCAAAUCUGGGCUGAAAGAUUGAGACAAACUGGCAUAAGUGAUUUGAACUCCUUGUUUUACGUGGUUAAUACUGGUUUGGGAAGAUUGCUCGACAAUUUCGAAGAAAAUCUAGGUCUAAGUGACGGAAAGCUCAGAGCAAGUUGGCAUGUGCUACGAGAGUACGGAUACGUGAUGGGUCCGGGCCUGUUGUUUGUCCUUGAUGAGAUGAGAAACAAAUCCAUGAAGGAAGGAGAGACCACAACCGGCCAUGGUUUGGAGUGGGGAGUUCUGUUUGGGUUCGGGCCAGAUCACGAGUUGGAGACAUUUGUGGUUCGCAGCAUCCCCAUAAUUCCUAAUCCUUUUGUUGGUGCUGUUAAUUUUCUACUAAAAUGGUUUGCCACAAAAUUAAUGUGGUGAGCAACAGUGAAGUCUUGAUCGAUAUAUAUAUGUGUGUGUGUUUAAGCCCGUCUGCUUUCCCCUGUUUCCUGCACAUUCAUUGAAGCAACCCAAAAGCUGCCCCAAAUUUUAC